AUGCUGCAUAAAACCUCGGUGGAAGAUCCCGCCGUCUUUUGGGGAACUGUCGCCCGCCUAUUGCUAUCCUUUGACAACGAUUUCCACACUGCUUACUCCGCCUCAUUCGCGCCAGGAGGAAGCCGUUGGUUUCUAGGUGGCUAUCUCAAUGCGAGUUUCAACUGCGUUGACCGGCAUGCGCUGGAAAAUCCCGGGCGACUGGCGUUGCUUUCUGAGGCAGACGAGCCGGGCGCUCAGCGCCAAAUCACGUAUGGCGAAUUGCUGGAACGCGUCUGCAACUUUGCAUCUUUACUCCAGGCUCACGGCGCCAAGUGCGGUGAUGUUAUUACUAUAUAUAUGCCGACCAUGCCGGAGAUUGUGAUUGCGAUGCUGGCAUGUGCGCGGAUAGGCGCGAUUCACUCCGUUGUCUUCCUCGGGUUUUCGGCGCAGGCGCUCCGCCAACGGCUACAUGAUGCGAAGUCGAAGAUCGUCGUCACAGUCAACGAGGGAAGGCGAGGUGGAAAGACUAUUCCGGCAAAGCUCAUCGUGGACCAGGCGUUGCAGGAGUGCCCGCUGGUCAGCUCCGUUAUUGUAUAUCGGCGGACAGAAUCAACGGUGCCGAUGCAACCACAGAGGGACCUGUGGUGGCACGAGGAGGUAAAAAGGUAUCCGAAAUAUAUGUCCCCAAGACCGAUGGCCUCGGAAGAUCCUCUCUUCUUGUUGUAUACUUCUGGCUCCACGGGACAACCCAAGGGAUUAGUGCACAGCACCGCUGGGUAUCUCGUCGGCGCGGCCGCGGUGGGAAGAUACACGUUCAACAUCCAGAAGGGUGAUCGAGUAUUUUGCACCGGCGACAUUGGAUGGGCGAUGGGCCAUACGUACGCCGUAUAUAUGUCGCUUGUGCUGGGAGCAACAACCGUCUUGUUUGAAGGGACCCCCACAUACCCAUCCUGCUCCCGAUACUGGGACAUCGUGAAGGAUUUCCACGUAACGCAUUUCUGUUCUGCGCCGACAGCACUCCGUCUUCUCGAGAGCGUGGGCGAUGAGUAUGCGCCCGGCGACUUGAAAACGCUAAAGGUCCUUGCCACCGCAGGGGAGCCCAUCGCCGCCGAAACGUGGAAAUGGUACCACGAUACCGUGGGAAAGGGAAGGGCAAAUGUGAUUGACACAUACUGGCAAACAGAAUCUGGCGGUCAUCUAAUCACCCCGCUGUCUGGUGUCACGACGACCAAACCAGGAAGCGCGUCUCGUCCUUUCUUAGGAAUUGAUCCAGUGAUUCUGGAUUUGGAAAGUGGAGACGAGAUUGUAGCGCCCAACGCCAAAGGGAUGCUCGCAAUCAGACGACCAUGGCCCAGCAUGGCGCGCACAAUCUGGAGGUCACACCAGCGAUUCGAGGAUAUAUAUUUCGACAAGGUGACAGGCUACUAUAUCACAGGUGAUGAAGCAAGGAGAGACGAAGAUGGCCACUACUGGAUCCAAGGCAGAGCAGACGAUGUGAUCAACGUCUCUGGCCAUAGAUUAUCAGCGACUGAGAUUGAAUCUUCGAUCCUUAGUAACGACUCCAUCGUCGAAUGCGCGGUCGUUGGCGUACCUGACCAUAUCAAAGGUAGCUCAUUAGCUACGUUUGCCUCCGUGAAGCUAUGCGGUAGCGAUGCGGAAGGACUGAAAAACGACAUCAAAACCAUGGUCAAGGCAAAGAUCGGAUCAUUUGCUGUUCCAGAAUUUGUGUUCAUCGUGGCUGAACUUCCCAAAACUCGAAGUGGAAAGAUCACGCGAAGGAUACUGCGGUGUUUAGCAGCGGGGGAAUACAGUCAGGUUGGAGACACGUCCACAUUUUGGACAGCUCCAAAACUCUGA